AUUUACCUUCAUAAAACAGAAACCACUGUUGUCAAUAAUUUAUCUUGUUUUUCUUUGAUUUCCGUUUCCUUAUUUUCGCUUUGAAUUUAUUUUCAUUUUGCUUUCCGUCAGUUAUUAUAUUUCCGGACUAUAACACCCUGUACUUCUUAUUGGCAGAAUGUGGGCAAAACAAAUGUCAGUGCAAGAACAGUUAUUUUCUUGCGCGUCUAAAAUUUCACAGGAAAUUUAGUUUUAUUAAUUUUUCUAUUACGCAUAUCAGUGACAAGCGAGUUUGUGAUAUAAAGUGUUAAUAAAGUGCUGCGUAGUUUAUAUUUUAUAAAAGAAUUAGCGCAUAAGCACGACUACUCGGGUGUGCAUCUGCAGAGUGUUCGCGUAGUGUUUACAUGUGUAUAAAAUGGUGAAAUCGGUGUAAUUAAUCAAAAAAAGUUUACUACUUUGUUUAUUAAGCAUCUUAAAGGUGUAAUCAGUUCCAAAUUGUUUUUAAAAGUUUCUUGUGCCAUAAAGUGUAAAUUAUAUGUUUCAAUUAAGUGUGCGCGUGUUCUAAAAUUUAAUUUAAUAAAAAUAUUAAAGACUACAGUUUUAUUAAUCCCUCCGUCAGUGUUUUUUAAUUGUGUAAUCAUAAAAAAAAUUACCGUGUUCGUGUUUAUUGAUCGUUUAUCGUUGAAACUUUUAGAAAAACAAAUAACACAUUAACAACAAGCAGCAGCAAAUACAACAACAACAAUUACAAAUACGGGCGACAAUGAAGCAUCUAAUUGGAUUAUUACUAAAUUUGGCUGCCAUAACAGCUGUGCUGGGCAAUCGCCAUGAAAUGCUUACGCUUAGUCCCUCCGAUCACUCGCUGGUGCGCUACACCAACGAUUCGCUGAUAGUGCAGUGCCGGAGCUCAACGGCGGAGUCGCAGCUGGUGUGGCGCUCGCCGAAAGGCGAAAUUAUUAAGGAGCACAAAGGACGCAUACACAUUGUGCAGAGUGCGCCAGAGCAAUUGAAAAUCGUCUUCCUCCAUAUUUCGCUCGCCGACAAGGGAAAGUGGCGCUGCGAAGACGCCAACGGUGAUAGAGCAGAAAAAUCCUUCGAACUCAUUGUCUAUCAAAAAAUCGCUUUUACCGAGAACUCCACCAUACUUACAGUGAAGGAGGGCAAGGAUGCGUUCAUUCGCUGCGAAGUGAAGGGCGAACCGCAACCAAAUGUCACCUGGCAUUACAAUGGACAGCCAAUUAUUGUUGAAUCUUAUACAGGAAACACAACGAAAUUCCAAAUACUCGCUGACGGAUUGCAGGUCCGCAAGGUAACGCAGAACGACACUGGCGAGUAUACGUGCAGCGCCUAUCAAGUGAACACAAUCGCAUCGGACAUGCAGGAUCGUACCAUUUUGAUGAAAAUCGAACAUAAACCAAUCUGGCGAUACAGCAAACACAUACCGGAGCAGUAUGUCUACCCGAAUGGCAGUGUGACCAUAGCGUGCGAGGCAAUCGCUGAGCCGCCAGCCAAUUUCACCUGGUACAAGAAUGGCAACAAGAAGCGUUUGCACACCGACAAUCGCUACACCAUCGAAAAGGAUUACUAUGCCUCCACAUUGACGAUUCGUGCACGCACCGAUGACGUAUUCGACUCGUACCGCUGCCUGGCGGAGAAUCAAUUGGGCGCCAUUGAACGUAGCACAAAACUGAGUCGUGGCGUAAAGCCACCACCGCCCAGCGUACUACAGUUGCGUGGCUUCAAUUCGAAUACAUUCGAUGUGGAUGUGGGUUCAGUGCGUAUCUCGCCGGCGCGCACCCCACCCACCGAUCAAUUGAUGGAGGUGAAUGGUUUUCGCAUUGAGUACAUGACGGAGUAUGAGUUCAAGUCGGACGGAGGCAAAUGGUCGAAUGCUAAGCGGCGGGACUUCCCAUUCGAAGAUGGCGCAACAUUCCUAAUCAACAAUCUCGAAGCCAAUACCACCUAUUUGAUGCGUGCCGCCACCAAAAACUUAGCCGGUCUCAGCGAUUAUACGAAAGUAGAGAAAUUUACCACAUUAUCCAACGAGCCGAAAUCCUCGUCAGCGCGACUCGAGCACUUGAAUGCUACGCAGCUGUUGUGCAUAUCACUGGUGGCAUUACUGCUGUGCAAGGAACUGUCUUUCGGCUUUCAACCCGUCAGCAGUAUAACGAAGUUGCGACGCGCUGUUGCUGGGCGUUGGUGAAGCAAAAGUGGCGUCAUAAAUUAGUGAGCGGUUAGGCGUUAAGUAAGCUGUUUUGGCUGUCUUCUCGGAGCAAAAGCGGUAAGAGUAUGCGGGUUAUGGGUUUCAAGUUAUACACAUGACAAUAUCGGUAUUAUGUGUAAAAUAUUUGCUUAGCAUUAAGGAUUAAAGGCUACGAAAAGUUUAUAAAAUAUUUUACUUAGUUGACUCACAUAAAAUAAUAAUUGAAAUAUAGUAAACCGAAAUAUUUUAAUUAAAACAAUUUAUAAAAGUUAUAUACGCUAAUGUUUAUAUAAGAAAAUAUUUUAAUGUUUAUGAAGAAACAUGUAUAUUUACAUAAAUAUUCCAUUUGCCUGGCAUAAGCAUGCAGUGUGAAAUAUUUGGAACCAGCAGUUUGGUGUCAUUAAGCUUGUGCAAAAAAAUAUUUCCUGAUUUUUACAUAAUAUAACUUUUAUAUAUUAUAUACUCGUAAAUAUAUGUAAAUUAUUCUUGAUAUAUUAUAGCGGUGUUAGCCGAUGUUAUAGAAACGGUAUAAAAAGUAUCGGAUGUUGCUUGUUUUUUUUUUUUUGCAAAAAUCGAAAAAAUAAUAAUAAUUUCUUACUUUAAUUUUUUUUAAUCCUUUAAGGCAACGAAAAUCUGGUUUGGAAGUUUUAUCUUGAAUUAAAUUUCUUGAAUUUUUGUAAAAAUGAUUGAAAGUAUUUUUGCUUUGAAUUAAUUAUACUUUUAAGGCUUCUAAAG